AUGAAGAUUGCCAUCAUCGGAGCUGGCAUUGCCGGCUGUGCAGUAUAUCUCGAGCUGAAGAAACAUCUGCCAAACAGCGACGGCUUUCCCGAAGACCUUGAUAUCAAGAUAUACGAAGCCUACGAUACCGGAAAAGAUGUCACGUCUGAAGAUCGAGAGCAGGGACCGACACACUCGUCCACGCUCAUCGUCGGCGGCGGACUGGGCAUCGCACCCAACGGUCUGGGAGUAAUCCAGCGUCUUGACGAGGAGCUUCUGCGAGAAGUCACUCGCGAUGGAUACGUGAUAACGAGAUCCAACCUGAAGAGCAAGAAUGGGAACUUGCUCAUGUACAUCGAUCCCAGCGAUCCGACCACGAGAGAUUCGGGUGAGUCUUCGAAGAAGCUCAACAUGGUGGCAUGCAGUCGCCAUUCGCUUUGGAGAUGUCUGCGCACUCGCAUCCCAGACAAGGACAUUAUCACCAAGCGUGUCUCACAAGUCAUUGUAAAUCCUGAAGGACUAAAUAUCGUCCAUUUUAUCGAUGGAAGCGAGCCAGUAGAGGCUGAUAUCAUUAUUGGUGCUGAUGGUGUCAAGUCAACUGCCAAAAGGGCUUUGUUUCCAGAGGCAGCAGAAGACCAAUAUCCUCCUCAUUACGAAGGCCUUGUCGGAAUUGGCGGCUUCAUCCCAGCAACAGGACUAGCGGAAUUCGUCGAAAAAGGGUCAAUGAACUUCAUCUUUGGAGGCAACGGCUUCUUUGGAUACUACUUCCCAGACAGCAACCCCUUAGAUCCCAAUCGCGAUAACCCCUACGUCGUCUCCGAGCCGGGAGAAUCGCUGGCUUGGUGGUCCACGUACGAGAUCAAAGAAUGCCCAGAUCGCAGCACCCUCGACAUGGACGAUGUUUCCCGACAUCUUCGAGAGAGGCACGCAGAGUGGAAAGAUCCCGUCAUCCAGCGAAUCAUCAAAUCAGCCCGCGUUACGCACAUGUAUCCCACGUGGACGUCACCACCGCUCCCGACUUGGGAACGCGACGGAGUUGUUUUGCUGGGAGAUGCGGCGCAUGCCCUGCCCUCGACGUCAGGCCAAGGUGUAUCACAAGCUUUGGAGGACUGCGAAGCGUUUGUGCUCUUCCUGGCGCAUCAGAUGAAGCGGAGAUAUUUGAGCAAGCCAGACGCCGAAAAGCAAGCCACCGUCAAGGCUGCAAGACAAUACAUGGAUCUUCGGAAGCCACGCGUCACGGAGAUAUUGGAGAGUGCGAAGAAGAUUCAGAAUUCUAAGCGCGACAUGGGUGUCGUUCGAGAGUAUGCCAUGUACUCGAUGUUCAAACUGCUCAGUUUCUUCCCCACUGCCGUUGCGAAGCCAACGCGCAAGAUUUACGAGUAUAAUGUUGCGAAAGAAGCUGCUCAAAUAAUUGCAGGCGAUAGCUAG